GAAACUUCCGCGUUCCGCAACUCAAGCCUUUCAACUCGCAAAUUUAUCCAUGCGAAUCGGUCCAAAAUGUCUUCCAUGGAUCAGUUCAAGGCUUCAAUGGUUUUAAGUGCUGUAGGGGAUGCGCUAGGCUACAAGAAUGGCGAGUGGGAAUUCUGUUAUUCCGGUGAGGCUAUUCAUCAGCAGUUGCAAACACUCGGUGGCCUCGAGAGAAUUGACGUUAAGGGUUGGAUUGUGAGCGACGACACUGUGUUACACCUGGCCACUGCUGAGGCUCUUGUGUCUCCCUGGAAAACACGUGAAGAACUUUUCCUCAAACUUGCUGCAAAUUACAAAGCUGGCAUGGUAAGCAGAAUACCUUUGAAAUUGAAUUAAUGUCAGAUCCAACCAUUGAAUCUGCAUAGUUGGGCAAUCUUGAAGGAAAGUGAUGAGGUUAAGGGAAUGGAGGGGGAGGGGGGGGGCAUGUAUUUUAGGGAUGUCGCAAUCAUAGUCAAAACUCUUAUGAAAAAUUCCUCUUGGGUUGUCGAAAUAAGUGUUGCUGUUGCUUGCCACAGGUCUCUUCAGGAUUUCUGUCACGAGGAUGACCCAACCAAACGAAAGCUUCUGAGUUUAUAACAUGCUCAUUUAGAACUACCUCAGAAAAAUAUUUAUUUCUUCACUUAUUUUAUUUUUAAGAAAGAUGAACAAUGUUUUUAAGUAUCUCAUCUUCAUUUGCUGGUUUACUGAGUGCAUAGAUUUCUUGGUGCUCAAUUUCAUGAAAGAUCAAGUAUCCCCAUUUAAGUUUUCAGCCUCUAAUUUAGGAAACUUUGUUGUGUUGUUAUGGCAUUGCUGUUACAAAAAAAUUGUUGCGUGACUUGCGUGACAGUCUAGAAGUUCCGUGAGUAUGCUAAUUUAAGCCUAAAAGUCAAUCAGACAAUCAUUUCCACUUAACGAUCACUCGUAACAAUUGCAGCACGGCUCACAAACAAUGUGUUAUGUUUAUGUACAAGAUUAUCACUACUCCCACUAGAUGGGAUCCAUUGCAGGGUCAAAACUCUCCCCCUUCCCCCACACACUGCUUUUUUAGCACCAUAACCCAGCCAGAUCUCUAACCAGUCUCUUUUGAUCAGAGCUAGGUUGCUCAAAGCUGGGUUAAGAUAACCCAUGGUUCGUGUCAAAUCUGAUUUAAGACCUGAAAGCUUUAGAAGAAAAUUCAGUCCAACUCUUUUUGACUAGAAUAUGAUUAUUGGAUACUCUAAAACGAUUACAGAAAAUAAUCCCAAAAAAGCUUUUGAAUGAAGUAAUAAAGAAACCCAGAUUAAAAUUUAACCUUGGGUUAGCACUAAUUAGCCUUCGAACAACCGGUCACUAUCCACUUUGCUCUCACAGCUCCUACAGGGAACACACGGAUACUUAAUUUCAUCACAUUCAAUUCUGUCUUUUAACAGAAAGAUAUGAGAGGCCGAGCACCAGGGGGCACAACUUCAUCAAGCUGCUCACAACUGAGACCUCUUAUAAGUCAAGGCUAUAUGAUACCAUUUAACCUUAACGGGGGAGGAUGUGGUGCAGCUAUGCGUUCCAUGUGCAUUGGCCUGUUGUAUCACUCCCCAGACAAGCUUGAAGAUCUUAUUGCUGUUAGUAUUGAGAGUGGAAGGAUGACGCACAAUCACCCUACUGGUAAUUUUAAUUUUUAAAUGCUUCUCUUUUGAAUAAGUCAUCAUCUUCAUUAUCUUUAUAAGGUCGGUACGAACCAGUUAGGGUACUAGACAGAUGAGCUAAUCACAAAUAUGAAAAUAAAGUUUCCAUCAGCCAACCUUGAAUCUUAGGUGGUAACCAGGGAAAAAAGUUUGGUCAGCACAAAAAAAGGCAGUUUGCACAAUGUUUCAUGCCCCAAGUGAAUGCUGACCACAAAAACUUGUCUAAAGGUAAUUUACAACAAAAGGCCAGAAAAAGAUAUUAUUAACUCUUUACACCCUAACACCAGUAUGUAUAUUCUCCAUACUGUCCUUUAUUUCUAUGGUGCUGAUGAGGAGAAUUUGUUUACCGAUCAAAAGCUUCUUUUGCUGGUGAUCAUUUCCUUUAUUCUCAUAACCUUAGUGUGUGAUUCAGGGGUGAUAUUUGAGGGAGAAAUUAGAUGCUGGGCACUCUUAGGGGUUAUAGGGUUAAUAUAUUCAGUGGACAGGUAAUUUAAAGUUUUCAUUUGUUUUCUUUAGGUUACCUUGGUUCUUUAGCAUCUUCUUUACUCACUUCACUCGCUGUCCAAGGAAAACCUGUCAGGGAGUGGGGUGCAGUAUUGUUGUCCACUUUGCCUAAGGCCAUGAAGUACAUCGAAGAGGUUGGUCGUGAUGUAGAAGAGAACAAAAAACACUGGUCAUACUUCACUGAGGCCUGGACAAAAUAUCUCUCACUUCGUGGAAUUCUCCAAGGCAAUAGUGACCCUGUGUUUCCAGAGCCGUUUCACAUUAAGGAACGUGAUGCCUUUUACGAAUCAGUCAGUUUUAGUGGGUGGGGCGGAUCCAGUGGCCACGAUGCACCUAUGAUUGCUUACGACGCUCUUCUUGGUGCCGGAGCAUCAUGGGAGGAGCUUUGUAGCCGCGCCAUGUUUCACGGUGGUGACAAUGACAGCACAGGAGUGAUCGCGGCGGCUUGGUGGGGAGCCUUGUACGGCAUGGAUAGUGUACCCAAGGGCAACUACAUGAAUUUGGAGUACAGAGAAAGAAUUGAAAAUGUAGCUGCUAAGCUGUUUGCGAAAGCUGAAGAUCUUCAAUAGAUUAGUGGCGAGCAAUUACGAUCAUAGUUAUGUUAAAACCGUGGAUAACAAAAGGAAUAAGGACAUCAAUAAAAAUAAAGAACAAGCUAUAUGUAAAUGGAAUACACAGCAAAUAUAAAUAUUAUAGAAAUAAAAUUACAAACCUUAUUCGUUUGAGUAAAAAACGUUAUUACUAUGAUUUCUUUGAGAAAAAUACAAAUAAUAUGAAAAAGACGUGG